AUGGUAGCAGUUCCUCGGCUCCGUUAUACCCUCCUUCUCGUAGCUCUCGCUUUCUUCACCAGCGUGGUCACUACCUCAGCGGCUAAGGUACAGAGCGGAAACUUAAAUCUGCUUGUUUCCACUACUGCGGAUACUACCGAUAGUACCACGGCGAAGAGAUUGUUGAGGCAAGUUGUCAAGGCAUCUCAGGAGAGCGCCAUUUAUCCCAGCAAAGAAUCGAAGUCUGCUGCAGCGGAAGAAAGAGGAUGGCUUACCAAUUUUUUUGGUAGUAAAUUCACCUUGAGUCAGCUUCGGAAGAAACAUUUUCAAAGCUAUUGA